GGCUGCCGCCCUUGCCGCUGACAGGGCUACCAGUCCACCAACAGCCAAAAAGCCUGUCACUGCAAAGAGGCUGUCUUCGCGUCCAACCACCCCACCGAAAGACUACGAGGUGCACAAGCCCUCCCGCAAGGAGCCGUUCACCCUCAUGGGCGACAGUGUGCCAUGCAGCACAGAUCUGGGAAACCUUGAAGGAAACCAUCUUUCCUCCAAGAGUGGUGCAGGCCCAGUAAAUCGUGCAAAUGUGGGAUCCAGAAAAGAUGAGAAAUCUGCUGUGCGGGCAGAGAAGGCAGGCAGUGCACACGCAAAACCAGCAUGGCGCGCCGUCAGCCCCAUGGAGGACCUCAAGGCGGAACGGAAAAAGCCAACUACAGCACUGGGGAAGUUCGCCAUGGGGAACAAAGCUGGAGGCGCCAAACGUGAACCCAUGGCACCCAAGUCUCCCCCCACGAAGGAAGAUAGUGUCAAGUCCCCUACCAGCUCAUCUAGCAGCCAGCAGGAUGCAAAGAAGGGCCAUUCAGAAGCAAAGACUGCGGUCGUUGCAGAGGAGAGGAAAUCAGCCAAGGAGAGCACACUGAAGCCCCAAACUGAGGCCAGCACAUUAGCAGAGGAGGACGAUGCUGCUGCAAGCAUCGCAGUGCAGAAGCCUGCGGAUGUUUUGGAGAAUUUGAAGGAUAAAGACCCUGCAAAUGAGUUUCUGCAGGAGCUGGGUGCUAAGUCAGGGACCAGGAGUUUGGGUAUUCCUGAACAACCUGUCAUGACGGUACCAGACGUUGAUGAAGACAGGGCCUGUGACGAGCCACAGCCAGUUGUUGCAGUGGACAUGAAAUCCGAGGACCCUGCUCCGCAACUUGCAGCCCAGGUGGUGGAACUGGCUGAGAAAGAAUGCCCAAAGCCAACAGGCCAGGACGAUGCAGAGAUAGAAGCAUUGGAAAAGGUGUCACCUGCUGGAGAUUUCAACGCGUGCACUGGCACUGGUCAGAUGGCAACAGCGCAAUCUGGAGCAGCGGGGAUGGCAAAAGCAACAAUGGAUAGCACAGUCGGAGACAGCUUUGGCUCGAAAGUCGAUAGCAAGGAUGAGGACAAACCAACAGAGGAACUUCUGAAAUCUUCUGAUGUUGCGCAGAAUGAUGCAUCGCACAAGGCAGACGAUGGAGCUCAAAAGGGAAACGAUGCUGAAAUGGAGGCAGUGGAUGACCUUGCACUUGCCAUGAAGGAUGCAGCACUGGCUGCGGAGCCUGCAGAGGCUGUGGAGCCUGCGCCAGCUGUGGAUUCUGCCUUGGCUGCAAUGGCCGGGGCAUCUAAACUACAACCUUCUCAGGGACAGACUGUGGACGGGAUAGCACCAAGCAACACCCCUGAGGCGCCUUCGAAACCUGGGGUUCCAGAUCCAGAGGAGAAGCAAGCUGCCACAGGAGGUGUGCAUAGUCUUGUUGCUUCGACAGUGGAUAAGACGCAGGGUGAUGAAGGUGAAGCAAAACUUGGUGAAAUGCCAUCUGUGGAUACUGAGGAAAAGGCAGGCUCAUCUUUGUCUUCAAUGAAAAAUGCAGGGGUCCAUGAGGAAGUUGAAGCGGUUGGAGAGAGAAACGAGGUCGAAUCAAGAAUGGUGACUGAAGGAGGUUCUGCGCCAGAGGGGGUGGUGCUGUUGCCGGAAAGCCUCGAGAUGCAGAUGCCAUUGAAAGGGAAGGAAGAGGGCAAGGGGCUGGGCGAUUUUGUUGCGCCUGAGAAGUCAGAUGCUGUUAUCGAGGUGAAAGCAUCUCUUGUGAAAGAUGGAGCUGCUGCUCUUGAUGUUGGUCAGGGGACAGUAGAUGACACGGAACCUAUAGCUUCUGCUGCUGAGAAGGCAGUAUCCACGGGUGUCAGUGUGGCAACUGGUGAUGAUAAAGUGUCAGAUGCCAUCGGCAGUGAGGUGGGGCAUGCUCCUCAGGUGGAAGCGGUGCCAACAGAGGAUACAGGCACAGGAGUGGACAGCAACAAGCCAUGUGCGGAGGACAUGUCGUGUGGCGCGUGUGAGGAACAAAAGGCUCCAAUCGAAGCAGAGCCAGCGGUGGCACCAGAGAAAGGCGAUCCUGUUGCUGAUGCAGCAUCAGGUACUGGGCUCCUGGAUGAGGCGUGUGCAGUAGUCCAGCCUCCUGAGUCAGAGUUGCUGGUGACAGAAAAGCAGUCUGCCAGUGCUGGACAUGAUGAAAAGGUGGCAGAUAAGACUGAGGACCUCAAAGAUGCCGUGAGAAAGCAGGGCAGUGAGCAGUUGGAUCCCAAAGAUGGAAAUCGGACAACCGAUGCGACAGCACAUGCUGUUCCAGAGGCAGAGUUGAAGUUGAAGGAAGGUGAUGUUGGUGUGAGUGCUUUGGGGCAGCUGGCUGCAGAUUCAUCUGAAACCAGAGAAACUGCUGAGAAAGAGGUGGCCGAGCAGGAAACUGCUCCACUUGCUGACACAGCUCCAGCUGCUCAGGAACCAGGCAAGGACAGUGUUACAGAGCAGACUGUUGACAUUUUGGAGGAUGCCACAUCGAAGGAGAAGGGUGAAGCCCAUGCCAGUGAUGAGCCUGUUCCUCUCCCAACACUGGACAAGCCCCCGGAGGAAGGAGAACUCGUGGCCAAGUUGGGAUUUAGCGUGACGAAGGAGGAGAGUGUGUUGAGUGGCAGCGAGCACGCAGAUGUGACAGCACUGCCCAAUAGCAUCGGCACGAUGAAGGUUGCAGAAACCAAAGAGAUGGCUUGCAAUGCACCAGCUGAAACUGAGGGCGCUGAUGGUGCAGUGGCUGAAGUGUCAGCAUCAGGGUUCUCUAGGCCAGAGCCAUCCCUUGCUGAGCUGGAGGCCACUGUACCAGUUGAGGAAGCUGGGUCGCAGUGUAAGGAUGAACUGGCUAAAGGUGUGAUGGAAGCCAAGAGCCUGGCUGUUAUCGGAGUUGUCACCAUUGUGGGUGACGAUGGCAGUGCAAUGAAAACCAACGAGGUACAAGCUGCUGAUUUGACCCCAGCUAUCCCUCCUGAAGUAGAACAACUUGUUGCCACAUCAGUGAAAGUUACUCCCUCCCAGGACAGUGGUGAAAGGUGUGUUGAUGAAUCAGUUCUGACUGCAACCCCAAACGUCUUGGAGACAGAGGGGUCAGUUGCCAAAUCGGAUGGUUUGAUACCAAUCGAUGGAAGUGGAUCAAAGCUCAAAGUUGAGGUGGCAGAACUCGUGACAGAAGUGCAGAGCGGUGAUGUUGCCAAAGUGGAUAGCAUUCCAGGAAAGGAUGAAAGCAAGAUGAAGAUUAGCAGUGAACAGGUGCCCAAGGCAACAGAAGCUGCAACCCCUGAAGCACAGCAACUUCCUACCGAAACAGAUGAGAUGAAGCCUAAGGUGGUCAUUGAGUGCAAGCGCCCUGAGGAAGGAGCGGCUGCAGUAGCUCCCACAGUCUAUGGGCCAGAACCAUCUGUUGCCAAAGCAGAUGACAUCAUGAAAAGUGCAGAAGAUGAGCCCUGCCACAAGGAAGAACCAGCGGCACAAGUGACAUCUCCAAGCAAGGGUGAGCUGGCAGAGCAGCUGACAGAUGCCAGCACCCAAGGCGCUGCGCAAGUGGAUGCUGUUGUGCCCACGGACGAUGGCAAAAUCGAAGGCGAUGCAACACUGUCUGCAGCCUCUGAAGGACAGGAUACUGUUGCCAAGACAGAUGACAGUGCGCCCGUUGCUGUGUGUGUGCAAGGCAGCGAUGGCAAACCAUCAGGAGCUGAAAGCUGCGAGAAGAAUGAAGUGAAAGAUAUCACAGCAGAGGCUGCACUUAAGGAUGACACCGCAGCCAGUGGUGGGGUUGAGGCAUCGGCUGUUGCAGCGGAUAAGCCAAUAGACUGUGCUGUGGAGGAUGUGCCAAAGGAUGCAGCUCUGGCAGGUGGUGCUGGCGAGCCACUGGCUGCAGCCGCCUCUGUGGAAAGCUCCAAGGUGACGUCAGCUCCUGUGGAGGAGCUGUUGGAUUCGAAGGGGGAUGUUGCAGUUGAGGUGCCUGGCGAGUUGCCCGUCACGGGGGAGUCGUUCGACAGCAGCGAGUUGAACGAUGCCAUCCUGGAAGAAACCCAAUUGGGUGCCAAAGAGGAAAAUGCGCCCAAAAGCAAAUCAGCACGAAAGAAACGAGCCAAGAAACAGGCUAAGAAAGCUGCCGCUGCUGCAGCAGCAGCUGCUGCCGCAGAGGCAGAGCUUGCCACAGCAAAGCAGAAUGUGGAUGCAUCUAAAGAGGACCGUGAGGUCCAAGGCGAUGUAGAUUCAGGCGCUGUGGACACUGUGUCCAUGAGCCUCAAGACUGAACAACCUGAUCCCAAAGCCCCACUGCCAGCAUCAGGGGAAGGGACUGGUGCUAAAGAUUCUGGCACUUCGUCUGUUGAGAGGACCAUAGUGGGUGAUGUGAAAUAUGCUGCACUCUUGGCAGAGGAGGUGGCAGGCAAGAUAGUCGAUCAGUCCAAGGACUGUGAAGCGACCCUGAGUGAAAGUCUUUCUGGUGCCCCUGCAAGUGACGGGUCGAAAGCCAAAGGCUCUGAGAAGGCUUCCAGCGUCGAGAACAAAGGACCUCUGGAAGUUGGCAUCGGAAAAGAUGACGCAGCUGUCUCUUCUGGUUUUGAGUGUACCAAUCGAGAUGAGGAAUGA